AUGGCGGAGAAAAUUCCAAAGUCGCGUUUCUCAUCAACGCGAUCGGCAUUCUCACUCAUCGACCCGAGCACAUCCUUGUUCCACCGCCAGAUCGACCGCCACGCCUACUUGACCAGCGGCUUUCGCACCCACGUCGCGAUAUCCUAUGUCUGGGGCGAAUGGCGAGAUAAUGCAUCGGAUAAGCUUCCCAGCUGGACGGCGCUCCAGCAGCGGCUGACUUCUCUUCUUGGGGAGCGUGCAUCUCCGGGUAUCAAGGCUAUCACGGGGAAGACCACUCGUUGUUGGUUGGACUGCAUGUGUAUUGAUCAAGAGUCCAGCGAGGAUAAGUCAUAUUGGAUACCGCGGAUGGAUGAGAUCUACUAUGAGGCUCGAUGUACGAUUCUACUUCUACGGGUUCCUGGACUGGAUCUUAGUCCGCUGAUGGAAGUAAAGAAGCUCAUGUCUUGCCCCUUGUCUGGACCGCUGAAGCCCAGAGACAUUGCGCAAAUGGUCCCGCAUAGUUGUCUUCUUUGCCAGUCGUGUACAUCGCUGCCGCUGCUCGACCCGGAGCUUGAGGCAUCCGCGCUCAAUGCGUUGAAGAUCUUGUGCCAUGCCACAUGGCGCGAGAGAGCCUGGAUCUUACAGGAGAUAUUGCUUAGCCAGAAUUACUUACUCACUUGGGACGACAGUGGCGAGUGGCUCUCCCUUAGUGAUACCGCUGUAAUUGCCGCGCUCAUUUUCCGUCGCAAUCUCGAAGAGCAGUGGCUUGACGAGUUUGCGUCCUGGUGCCGUAGAUUGUGGUAUCUUCGGCAGAACUACGAUGAGGCCCAGACUUACGAGCUAUGCGAUGCGAAUGUGCUACAGCUAGCUUCUACGCUUAGCGCAACGGUGCCUUCGGACAAGUAUUACGCUCUGUGUGGCAUGUUGCGACUCAAGCAUGUCAAGCCAAAUCCGAAUCAUAGUGCGGACGAAGCGCUUGGGGUGAUUGUAGGUGCUCUGGUUCAAGAAGGCCGAAUGAGCUGGCUGUAUGCUGUUCCACCAACUCUCAGAUUCCCCAUGGCACUCCGAGAUGGAAACAUGGCUCCAUUCGUUCUGAUACGGCUUGAAGAUCGUUUCAAGCCCAACAAGAAGCAUAAAGCCCACAUCCAGUCUGAAGGGCUUACUUUCGAGGCUAUACGGGUUGGGCGUGUUACUCAAGUGAUGCCGCUCUCCCAAGUCUUCGGGUCAGCAUUCACUCAUUUACGCGAGACGCGCGACUUUGAUUUCCCCGAAAGCAUAGCGUACUGUCAUCGCGUGCCAGAUAUCAUACGAAGACUUUCCCCUGAUCUAGUCGAACCACUUCUCCUUGAACCGACUUUUGGGAGUAUAUGCAAAGCUCUCCAAACGACACAUUCGGUCAAGUCGGAGGCUCGAAAGGGCUGGCUAUGCGUCAUGUUUCUCAGCUUCAUUGACGAGCCUCUCAUCCAAGAGAUGUGCGAAGGGGCUGCCGAGGAAGACGUGCAGAUUGUGAGAUCAGCGGCUGCAUCACUUCAGCAGCAUUUGAAGAAGAUACGUGAUCUCUUCAGUGUCUUACUUUGGACUAAAGAGGGCACAAACAAGAACCCUGUAGUCGUAAGUGUAGCACUCUCAGGAUGUCCGCUUGAUGCUCACACCUUCUCCUUGAACGGUGAGCCGGACUCAUUGUUUGCGGCAUGUCUUCCAGAUCAAGCAGAUGCCUAUGCCGAGUUUUGUGGACCGUUAUUUCUAUUGAACGUACGGGAUACCAUUGGUCCUCGACCUUCCAAACUGCUUACCACGCCGUUCUGGCGAAAGCAAUCUCUUUCGUCAAAUGCAAGACUACUUCGUUUCAAAUAUCGAGGAAGCGAUGAUGUGUCGUAA